AGUAAAACCUCGCGCCCGCCCACCAAUAAAGUCCACAUCAAUUUCUUUCUUUCCCCAAUUCCAUCAGCUCACACAAGACCAAGCAAGCACGAGGGGGGAGGAAAAAAAGUGUUCGGUGCUUCUGCUGAGCUGUGCCUGUCCUCGGAGCGGAGCAGGGAGCCGUAGCCAUGGAGCGAGCGGGGGAGGUGUCGUCCGCCGCCGGCAACGGCAACGGCAACGGCGACGUGCGGAGGUCGCCGUCGACGGCGCCGUCGGCUCGGGUGUCGAUCUGGGAGUCGGUGCGCGCGUGUGGGAUAUGGGGGAAGGAGGUGGACAAGGCCGAGCUGCGGAGGCAGGUCGUCAUGCCGCUCCACCUCCGCCGCGCGGUCGCGGCCGCCGUCGCGGCCAAGGACGAGGCCGCCGGCGUGGCGGCGGCGUCGGCGGCGAAGGAGGGAGCGGGGGAUGGGGAGAAGGACGAGGGGCCAACAGUGGCGCCCCUGGUCGUGUUCGUGAACUCGCGGAGCGGCGGGCGCCACGGGCCCGAGCUCAAGGUGCGGCUGCACGAGCUCAUCACCGAGGAGCAGGUCUUCGAUCUUUCUGUUGUGAAGCCUUCAGAUUUUGUUCACUAUGGUUUGAGUUGUUUGGAGAGGUUAGCUGACCAAGGUGAUAACUGCGCGAAAGCUGCUCGUGAAAAAAUAAGAAUUGUGGUUGCUGGAGGUGAUGGCACAGUUGGUUGGAUGCUUGGUUGUCUCUCAGAUCUUUAUAAGAUGAAAAGGGAACCAGUUCCACCCACAGGAAUCAUUCCACUUGGUACAGGAAAUGAUCUUGCUAGAUCAUUUGGAUGGGGUGGCUCUUUUCCCUUUGGUUGGCGCUCAGCUGUAAAGCGUUAUCUCAGCAAGGCUGCCACUGGUCCCAUUUGCCGUCUGGACAGUUGGCAAACUGUAAUUCAGAUGCCAGAAGGAGAAAUAAAAGAGUUGCCGUAUUCACUUAAGAAAGUGGAACCUGCAGAUCGACUGGAGAUCAGCCAGGGGAAUGGCACUGAAUUUUCUGAAAAGGCUUCCUGCUAUAAAGGAGUAUUCUACAACUACCUUAGCAUUGGGAUGGAUGCUCAGGUUGCAUAUGGUUUCCACCAUCUUCGUGAUGAAAAGCCAUAUCUUGCACAAGGACCAGUUGCAAAUAAGUUGAUUUAUGCUGGAUAUAGCUGCACUCAGGGGUGGUUCUGUACACCUUGUACGGCAAGUCCUCAGCUAAGGGGGCUUAAGAACAUUUUGCGACUUUACAUUAAAAAGGUUAAUUGUUCUGAGUGGGAGCAAGUUCAAAUGCCUUCAAGUGUUAGAUCCCUAGUUGUCCUGAAUUUAUACAACUAUGGCAGUGGAAGGCAUCCAUGGGGUGAUCUUAAACCUGAAUAUCUCGAAAAGAAAGGUUUUGUUGAAGCUCAUUCAGAUGACGGCUUGCUUGAAAUAUUUGGUCUGAAAGAAGGUUGGCAUGCUUCAUUUGUAAUGGCUGAGCUUAUAAAAGCAAAGCACAUUGCCCAGGCCGCGGCUAUCAAGUUCGAAAUGAGGGGUGGCCAGUGGAAUCGAGCAUAUGUUCAAAUGGAUGGAGAGCCAUGGAAACAACCACUCAUUCAGGACCAGUCAACCAUUCUGGAAAUAAACAAAGUUCCAUAUCAUUCUCUUAUGAUCAACGGGGAGCAAUGACAUUUCCCAUGUGAAUCAGGGUUGCAUUCUUAGACCGUUAGAUUGUGUACAGUUCAGGAGCAGCACGCACUAGAUUCUUAGAACUGGGUCGACUGCAGCGAGGAUGCAUGUUCGUUGGCCUUUAUCUUGCAUUGGUCGAGUCAUGGCCAAAGCAUGAUAAGGCACCAUGCAUUGUUGUAUUGUAUCAUAUCUGUAUUCUGUUGUUGUAUCCUGAUUUCUUUUGAAGCGAAAGAAACAAGCUUAAUUUAAUUUGCAGUGUUCCGUUGUGUGUCAAUGCAAAAGAAUAACCUGGUGAAAAACACCAUCUUGACUGUAAAACUGGACAGUUUGCCAUUUGCAAUGUCCUAGAGCAUAUUCAUUUGCAAACAGCUUA